AUGCUAUAUAACACCAAAUCCGAACGAUUUGAGCCAUCUAAGACCAAACCUAAACCAAAAUCAAACGAUAUGAGUCAUUGGAGACCAAAUCCAAACGAUUUGGGCCAUCCAAGACAAAUCCAAACCAAAUCCAAAUAUCUAGUAUCCAAAUCCAAACCCAAAUCCAAAUAUCAUAUAACAAAUCCAAACCAAAUCCAAACAUCUGCUACCAAACCCAAAACCAAAUCCAAAUAUCAAAUAUCAAAUCCAAAUCCAAAUCCAAACCAAAUCCAAAAUUCAAACCCAAAUCCAAAUCUUCCAAAACAAAUCCAAAGCUUUGGGUUUGUUGCAUCCCUAAAAUAA